AUGGUGCGGAUAUACGGCAAAGACAUAUCAGAGACGCUACUUGGUUUUAGUGAGAAAAAGAAAGAAGCGUUUUACGUUUUUCUUUCGCUCUUUCUUUCUUGCUUCUUUCUUUCUUCGUUUUUCUAUUUCUUUUUUUCUGUCUUCUUUUCUCCCUUUCUUUAUUUAUUUCUCUCUCUCUCUCUCUCUCUCUCUCUCUCUCUCUCUCUCUCUCUCUCAGACGUUAAGCGCCUAAUAACGUUAUCGCUUUCUUUCUCUUUCUUUCUUUCUUUUUUUCUUUCUUUCUUUCGUUUCUCUGUUUUCCUCCUUUCUUUAAAAUUACAUUUCAAUGAUAAUGUUAUCGCUUCUUCUGUCUUCCCUUCCUUUCUUUUUCUUGCUUUGUUUCUUUCUUUUCGAUUAUCAUCCUUUCCAUUCUUUUCUCUAUUUCUUCUCUCAAUCUCCUUUUUCUUUCUUUCUUUCUUUCUUUCUUUCUUUCUUUUCUAUUUUCCUCCUUUCUUUCCUCCUAACUUUCAUUUCAAUGAAGCAAAUAUUAAGAAUGUGAUAAUGUUAUCCUUUCUUCUAAAGCAGACGUUAAGUAAUAAACUUAUUGUCUUUCCUAUCUUCCUUUUCUUUCUUCUUUCUUUCUUUCUUUCUUUCUUUCUUUCUUUUCUGCCUUUUUCUUUGCUUCUGCGGCACCAUAGUUUGAAUAUUAAUUUUUUGCAACAUUCUCUUCCAAAGCGAAGACGUUCUAUGACCGAAACUUAUCUAUCUAUCUAUCUAUCUAUCUAUCUAUCUAAAGCUUAUUACUUAUUAAUAUCUAUCUAUCUAUCUAUCUAUCUAUCUAUCUAUCUAAGCUUAUUCAUACCUAUCUAUCUACCUAAGCUUAUCUAUCUAUCUAUCUAUCUAUCUAUCUAUCUAUCUAUCUAUCUGGCAGUUCUUAUUAAUAUCUAUCUAUCUAUCUAUCUAUCUAUCUAUCUAUCUAAGCACAAAUAUCUAUCUAAGCUUAUUCAUACCUAUCUAUCUACCUAA